AUUUCAACAGAUGACCUGCAGGGGGCAGCACCACGCAUUUACUGCGUCUAAUCUGGUGCAAAUGGCAUCCGAAGAAGGGGCUCAGAACAAAUGGCUUGCUUCCUUAUAGGAGUUUAAGUGACUUUUAAAAGUGAAUUUACGUAAUCUAAAUCAUGGAAACGAGUGGCAGUUCCGAACAAUUGGAAAAUACAGAUAUAUUCCUGCCGCUGUCAUCAUUAAGGCUGCUGAUCCCUCCUCUGCGGCUGCUUUCUGCAGCGAUGUGGCAGGUGGCUCAGCGGAGAGAAGUUCUCGAUUAUGAAAAGCUCGUUGAGUUUGUGACACUGGUGACAGCAACGGUUCCAGACCUGCUCAGUCCAAAGCAAAGAGGCAAACUGCUUCUUCGACUGAGAGCGAAAAUUAUUCUUGAGUUGUGCAGGAAUGAGGAAACAGCCAACAUUUUACAUAUACAGCCUCACCUGGAACGAAUCCGCCCACCAGGAUACACGGGAAGUGGCGAUGCGGAGGUGGAUGCAGAGGAGGCCAUUUUUGUGGAGCUCAUCCAAACUUUGCUGAAAGAUCCAGCAGAGAGGGAGCAUUUUUACCAGGAGGUUUUUCCAACAGAAUAUGGCCUCAGCUACGACACAGACAUGCAGCUCCUUGCGUGGGAGUUUCUCUCUAAACUGGAGAAACUCCUACCUGUACCAGACCUCAGUCAGACUGUUUCAUGGCUGACCUCUGCUCCUUCUGUACUGAGGGACUGCUGGCAAGCGCUCUCCAGUCCUGACGAUCUGAGGUCACUCCUGCGACACCACAAAUCCCUCGAGCACCUCGGAGCACAAGGUACCUCUGUGGAGAUGUCUUCCCAGGUCUUUGCCUGCUCUGAGUGUCCAUUCUUCCACAUGCAGGAGUCCUACCUGCUGCAGCACAUUGAGCACAGUCACCCUGAACAGUACAAUAAACUGCAGAAGGCUACAGAGGCAGCUCAGACCCCAAAGAAGAAGGUCCAACGUCCAGAGUUCCCAAAGCCUUUCCCCAUCCACGACAGGCCCGACCCCCACAUGUGCCAUGAGUGUGGCAAAACUUUCACACGUGCCUCAGACGUGACUCGUCACCAGCGGACACACACGGGGGAGCGUCCGUACACCUGCAAGGAAUGUCCCAAGGGCUUCAAGAACUCCUGGGAUCUGACCAGACAUCAGCGCAUUCACACUGGAGAACGACCCUUCCUCUGCUCCCAGUGCGGCAAGCGAUUCACGCAGAUGGGGUUGCUCAAGCUGCAUUUUGAACGAACCCCUUGUGGCCAGACUUGCAACCCUCCCCUCGAUCUAACGACAGAGGUCGUAGUAGCAGAAGAGGCACUGGAGAAAGCGGAAAGUCAGUACAAGUGCCAGAAAUGCGACGAGAGCUUCAGCAGCAUCCUGGAUCGGCUGAAGCACAGGCAGAGGCACAUGGUGAGGCGUCAGUACAAAUGCUCCCUGUGUGAAAAAAUAUACAGCCGAGCAUCAGACCUCAAGAGACACCAGAUGAAACACACCGGGGAACGGCCAUUUGCAUGCGAGUGUGGGAAAAGUUUCACGCACGUGUGGCUUCUGAAUAAGCACCGGCAGAUCCACACCAGGGAGCGUCCGUACCCCUGCGCAGAGUGUGGGAAGAGCUUCACGCAGCUCCAGAUCCUCAACAGGCACCUGCUGACUCACAACGGCCAGCGACCUUUCCAGUGCUCCUACUGCGAGAAGAGUUUCACCCAGCUGGCCAGCCUCACACGCCACGAACGAAUCCACACGGGCGAGAGGCCGUACGUCUGCGCCACCUGCGAGAAGACAUUCCUCACGCACGGGGAGCUGGUGAGGCAUCAGCGCAGCCACAGUAACUUUAAGCCGUUCAGCUGUCCACAGUGCUCCAAGAGCUUUAAAACCAAGCGAGCUCAGAGUGAACACCUCAACACACACACAGGAGAGCGUCCAUUUGCUUGCACCCGGUGCGGGAAGAGGUUCGCCAAGUCGACCUCGCUCGUCCGGCAUAACCUGACUCACACGGGGGAACGGCCCCACCAGUGUUCCCAGUGCGGGAAGACAUUCCUCACCUCUGGCGAGCUCCUGCUCCACAAACGGAUCCACACAGGGGAAAAGCCUUAUCCCUGCUCCUACUGCGACAGGAGGUUCAGGUGCUCCUCCGACCUCAACAUGCACGUUCGAACACACACCGGGGAGAAGCCGCACAGCUGUCUGUUCUGUAAGAAGAGCUUCUCUACGUCUACGAGGCUGAAGAAACACACGCGCACACACGUGGAGAAGGACAUCGUUGUGGAAUCAUUUAAUAUGAGCUAACGGUGCAUGUAUUAGAAGAUAAUGAUUGUUUCUUUAUCUUUAAAAAUAAAAACCCUCUUUAACCGGU